AUGCCAGCCAAGUCUCCCUAUGACGCCGUCAUCCUCGGUGCAGGCAUCCUCGGCCUCGCCACCGCAGACGCCCUCACCUCCGCCGGUCUCCGUGUCGCCAUUAUCGCCCGUGACCUCCCCGAGGACCUGGACAGCGCCGCAUUCGCCUCCCCCUGGGCCGGCGCCAACUGGUCGUCGUUUGCGUCCAACGAAAAGGAGCGUCGCCGCGACACCAUUACCUUUGCCAAGUUUGCCGAGUUUGCCGAGACCAACCCGUCGCUCGCACGCAGGACGCCCUUCUGCUACAUCUGGCACACUGAUGCUGGCUACUCGAACCCGUGGUACAAGAAUGUCGUUUACAACUUCCGGCCUCUGGCAAAGUCCGAGGUGCCCAAGGCGUACAAGGAGGGCGUGCAGUUUGAGUCGUUCACCGUCAACCCGCCCCGGAUCCUGGCGUACCUCGCCGGCCGCCUGCGCGACGCCGGUGUGCCCAUUGUGCGCCGGCGCGUCGCCUCGAUCGACGAGGCGUUUUCGGCCUUUGGCGAAGUGUCGCUCGUGGUGAACGCGACGGGGCUCGGCGCACGCGGCCUCCUGGGCGUCGAGGACCCGCUCGUCCACCCCGUCCGCGGACAGACGGUGCUCGCGCGCGCGCCGGGCGUGCAGACAUGCUACGGCGUGCGCGACAGCAACCUCCCCCCCGGCGAGGCCGUGUACAUUAUCCCGCGGCCUGGGUCGGACGGCUGCGUCAUUCUCGGCGGCACAAACCUCAAGGACGACUACUCGACGCUGCCGCGCAAGGAGACGGCGGAACGUAUCCUCCAGAACGCGUACAAGGUGUGUCCCGCGCUGGCCGGGCCGCACGGCACGAGCUGGAAGGACAUUGAGAUUGUGGCGCACAACGUCGGUCUCCGGCCGUCGCGCGAAGGCGGCCUCCGCCUCGAGAUUGAGGAACGCGAGAUCAAGCACGACUACCUUCUCCCCGCGGCGGCGGCGUCGACGCCGCGCAAGGUCGCCGUCCUCCACUGCUACGGUAUCGGGCCUGCGGGAUACCAGGCGUCGUUUGGCGUCGCGCAGGAGGCAAAAGAGCUCGUCACGGGAUACCUCUCCAAAGCGCAGGCUGCCAAGCUCUAG